GUUAGGUAUGGGUAUGGGAGGUAUGGCAGGAAUGGGCAUGGGCAUGGGAAUGGGAACUAUGGGGAUGGGAAAUAUGGGAAUGGGCGCCAUGGGAGGCACAGGUGCUGAGGCAGGGGCUGUAACUAACACGGUUGGCACUGGCACUGGGAAUAUUAAUGAUGCUGGCAACACUCAGAGAGAAAAAAAUACUGAAAGAAAGGCGGAGACCGUAAGUGGAGGUGGACAACAAAGUGGUUCAGGUGGAGAAGACCAGACGUCAGAUAAGUCAAGAAAGAAAGAGGAAGAGAGUGCUAAGGAGAGUGAAAAAGGAGCAGAAAAUCCAGCAAAAACAAACGAAGAAGGAAAUGAAUCUGCUAAGGAAGACGAAAAGAAAGAAGAAAAGUCGGAAGACAAGGACAAGGCCGGAAAUGAUGGUGAUAAGGAAAAAGAAGAUAAGGCAAAAGAAGGCGGUGGAGAUGGCGAAGCAUCUAAACCUGAUAAAAACAGAAGUACAGAGAGAAAAUAAAGACCAAGGGAAACCUGGUGAUCCAUCCAGACUCAAGACCGAACAGGCACCAGAGAAGAUGGCAUCACGACCACAGAGAAUUCGUUCCAUUCAUGCGGUUAUAAAGAUACUGCUA